GCAGCAGCAGUAGUAGUAAAGCAUGCGCAGUGUGUAAAGAGACAACGGUGAAGAUUCAAAGUUUUUGUUCGGUUUCCCAUUGAUCAUCAUGUUUGGUUUUCACAAGUCGAAAAUAUAUCGCAGCCAUGAAGGAUGUUGCAUUUGCAAAACCAAGUCCUCCAGUUCACGCUUUACUGACAGCAGCAGAUAUGAAGAAACCUUCAGGCUAUGUUUUGGGUUGUCAGAGGAUCGUGUGGGAGACAUCUGCAAUGCCUGUGUGCUGUUAGUAAAAAGAUGGAAAAAACUGCCAAAGGGCUCUAAGAAGAACUGGAACCAUGUUGUGGAUGCAAGAGCUGGGCCUGGCUUCAAGCUAACCAAACCCAAGAAGAUGAAGAACAGUGAUGGGAAGAAGAAAAACAAACUGAAGAGGCUUCACAAAUUCAAAAGACAAAACUCUGAUGCCCACAGCACGACCUCAAGCAUGUCUCCAUCCCAGUCCCCCAGCUACGAGUCAGAUGACGGCUCAGACAUUGAGUCCAAACAGAGGCGCCCCACUCCUUCUGUCUUUUCCUUCCUGGACCGUUCUUACUGGAAAAGGCAAAAGGUGUGCUGUGGGAUUGUCUACAAAGGGCGUUUUGGUGAGGUGAUGAUUGACCCACGUCUCUUCAAGCCCUGCUGCAGCUCCAAGAAGCAGGAGACGUUGGUUCCCAUGCAGGACACGCACCUUCCCCUUCCCACCAUUCACCCCCCGCCUCUCCUGCUACCUGAGGCCCUGAAAGAGGACUGGUGAUGGCUCUUGAGCACCCCCUUGGGGUGUCAAUGGCACCCUACAAGUUGUCUCCAGUGGCAGACUACCCCCAAAACCAUUCCCUAUUAGUUCACUGUGCAUUUAGAUGGCUAAAUGAUUUUCCUAUUUUUGCUUUGAUAUGUGUUUUUGUUUUUUAUACAUUCAUUUUCUUAUCUUUUUUUAAGAAAACUAAAAAUAACCACAAAAAAAUGUUUUUAUAAAGGCAUUAGUUGUACUAUUUAUAGGAUGAGGAGUCAGAAUUCUAUUUGGCCUUGAAGGGCACACUAUCCAGGUCUGAUUUAAUUUGGUUUGCAACAUUUAAAGCUUACGGUUACCAGCAUUUGUGUAUAUAUUAUGUUCCUUUUGCCAGCAUCCAGUCUUUUCAAAAAACAAUUUUUACCGAUGUCUAAUUGGCAAUGAAGUGUUCAUGUGCUGAUAUGCAAGACUCCACCAGCUAGAU